AUGGCGACGGUCGCGCUCGCGCGAGGAGCGAACGUCUCCGCGCUCGCGCCGUCGUCGUGUUCUCGACGACGAUGUCGACGUCGCGUCGACGCGCGAUGGACGACGCCCGGACGCGCGACGGUCGCCUCGUCGGCGAGCGCGGACGACCGCGCGGGCGAGUCGAGCGGCGAGAUUCGACCCAAGCGAGCGACGGGCGGGCGCGUCGGCCGCGCCGCGUCGACGCCCGGCGGCGGCGCCGCGGGCACCUCCCCCGCGCGCCGCGUCGUGCGCCGUAAACCGACCGUGGACCGCGGGAAGGCGCGCACGGACGAGGAGAAGGCCGCGGCGAUGAGGGAGCUCAAGGCGAAAGCCAUCGCGCCUCGCAUCGACGCCCUCGUCGCCGUCGUGGUCGACGCGUGCGGUCGGGACGAGUACAAGCGAGCGAACGUCGCGUACGCGGAGCUGAAGAACGACUGCGCGGACGGUUCCAUCCCCGCGGAGGUGUUCACCGCGAUGCUCGAGCUGUGCGCGCGGCUGAGGAUGCCGUCUAGCGCGGAGGGAAUAUUCGUGGACUCCGUCGCCGCCGGACACGCGCCCACGGAGACGAUAUGCUGGAAGCUCGUGGAGAUUUUCGAGCAGGCGGGGGAGAAGACGAGAGCAGAGAAGGUGCUCGCGUACAUGGAGACUCGAGGGAUGAGCUGA